UUUUUAAGUUACCCCCCUUUCGCUGCCUUCACGAAUCCAAACUCUCCCGUUAAAAAUUACCCGCCGAGCCUCACACCUCAAUAAUCUCCUCUCUCUCUCUUUUCAAUUUCAAUUCCACUCCGCCAAAUCCCUUCUUCUUCCGAUUUUCGUCUCAAACCUCCUACUCUAGCUAAGACUGGAACCCAAAAAGCAAGAAUUAGGGCAGUUGCCCUAGUUUUGCCAUUCCCCCCCUUCUUUCAUUACCUUCUCUCUCUGAAAUCCCUUUUGAACAAUUUGCCAGAGACAGAACAGAUGAUGGCUGAGAUUGAUUGAGUUCAGGCUGCUUACUAUGCUCGCAAUUCGCUUCCUCUCCCUCUUUCAUGAGAGUUGAACUGCCUGCCAAUCCAAUUCAUACCUAAAUCCAAAGGAACAGUUCUUAUGCUUCUCUGUUUGCUGCUACUUGUGUAGGGGAAUGGGUUUCAACAAUUGCUUCUCAUGUCUCCGAAAUGUCAUUUGUUGCUGAGAGUGUUGUCGCAAAGAAGCACCCCCUGCCAAUUGAGUGUGUUCCGGUUGCUGGCUCCUUAACAUGUCUACCUCACUUGUCCCUUCUGCUCAUUCCACUAACCUAUUCCUUCCCGGAAGUAUUGCUUUUGGAGACGCCCUGUAAUUGUGUUUUCGAUAGUGACUUGAGAUGGGAAAGGGGCUGGGUUCAUGGCCAAAAGAAUCAGCAUCAGAACCAAAUAAGCUUAUUAUUAUUAGCAUUAUUAGCCGUUGUUAUUGUUGGGUUGGGUAAUAUGAGCAGGUUGUCGUUCAGGCCUCGUCCUCUCGACAUCCAUAAGAAGCUUCCAAUUGUUAAAACUCUGAAGGAAUUCGAAGACGAUGAGGUCGUCACUGGCACCACCACACGCAAUUCGUACAUUGCUCGCCUUUCUCUCGAGGCUGACAAUGAGGCACAACAAGCCCCUGCUAGGAAGGUUGCUUCAGAAAUACCUAUUCCACAGUUUGUGGUUGUGGAUACAUAUGAACAAGAUUAUACCUGUACCUUUACACAGCCUACAUCAUAUGUCCAUGCACGAGGAGCCAGAUCGGAGGUGGGGGAGUUUGUUGAAUAUGAUCUGGAUAAUGAGGACGAGGAUUGGCUCGAGGAGUUCAAUAAAGAAACGAAAAUUCUUUCUCCUGAAAGGUUAGAGAGUCUCCUAUUCAAGUUAGAGAUUUUGGACCAUAAGACUAGGGAAAGAGCAGGAGUCAUAACCCCUCUUGGUUCACCUGUGCCUGUUCUCCUCCAAUUGGAUGCUGCUGCCGAGGCCUUAGAAUCUCAAAAUACAAGCUAUGGUGUUAUCCAGUCUCUGUAUAACUAUUGGAAAGCAAAGCGAGAUCGGUGGCAAAAGCCUAUUCUUCGGCGUUUGCAGCCUCCUCCUCCUGUUAAUGAUACCAAUCCCUAUAAUGUCUUCAGACCGCGGGAGAAAGCGCAUCGCCAUCACACAAGAAGGAUGCAGAGGCGUGAGAACAAUCUUCAAUCCUUUGAAAAGCUUUGUCAGGUCAGGCGCAACUUCAAUCAAGCCAAGGCAUUAUUGGAAGCUUUGAUAAAGAGAGAAGAGAAAAAACGGGAGGUUAUGGAGUGUGAAGUCAACCUUCAACGGAUACAGAUCAAAUAUAGGCAUCAAAGUCAGCUCUUUGAAGAUGGACUAGCAUUAUCUGGUUUUCCUUCAUUCUCUCACAGAAAGGAAUCAAGUGAAGACUAUUCCAAGAAUUUCCCAAAUGGGUACACUCCCAAUCGAAAUGCUGUGGUUCGCAAAUCACAUGGUGCAGAUUCUAUGCAAAUGAUUGGACGCACAAAGAGGGAGCCAAGGAGACCUCUACUUCGCGGCUGUUUCCAGAGAGUGGACCCACACGAACCGGUACUUCUCUUCGCAAAGCCCAUAGAUCAAGAAAAGUUAGCGGCUGCUGGAAUUAAAAAGCCUUCGGAACCUCCUAACGUGAAUGGUGAGACCAUACCACGCUAUCGUCUCCAAGGAAGGAUAGGGAGAGGAGGCCGUAUUAUAUUUGAUCGAUUGAAUCCUAUUUCUCGCAAUCCAGUCAUAGAUGAGAUGUCAUUAUUGCCUGCACCAUGUCCUCAACAUCCGCCACCGGGUUAAUCAGGAAUGAAAAAUCAUCAAUUUGGUGACACUUACUCUGUACAUGUCACCUGAGGUGAGCAGGUGAUGAAAUCUUGGGGGGAGGGGAACAAGAGGGGUCAAUUAUCAUUUUGAGAGAGAGAGAGAGAGAGAGAGUCCUUGUAUCUAUUGCCCUGUGGCCCCAGUUGCUUGGUAGUGAAUUGGCUGGUGAUUUUGGCAGCAUAUGCAAAUGCAGUCUGCCAUUACUGUGACCAAGCAAUGGUGGCAUGUUUGGUAUGGACAGUUGAUCCCUUUUCUUGACCACACGUAUGCCCUGCCCCUCCAAUUGUUGUAUCAUUAUUCCCAUCGUUGCACAAA